ACCUGGCAAGCUCUCGUCACUUCACUCCUCGCGAUCCCGGCCACCAUUAGCAAGCACUGCAGCUCUCUACCUCUGUUGUCGACGCUUGGAUUCUCUCUCUGGGAGGAAGCUAAGAUUUGGAUUUCUCAAUCUGCCGAGCGAACUAGGUAGCUAGCUGUAGGUGUUUGCUGGGCGCGCUGCCAUGGCCGGCGAGUCGUCCUCCCCAGCUUCUUACAUCCGAUUGGUGCAGCACCUGAUCGAGAAGUGCAUCUGCUACGACAUGGACAAGGAGGAAUGCGUGAAGGCGCUGGAGAAGCACGCCAACAUCAUGCCCGCCGUCACCUCCACCGUGUGGAAGGAGCUGGAGAAAGAAAACAAGGAGUUCUUCGAGACGUACAAGAAGGACCAAGGCGGGCAGAGGACCGGUCCUUCGCCGGAGCAGUCGUCUGCUUCAAGGAGCUCAGAUGACAACGAUAACUAGGACGAGAACCAUGCAUAUACGGAGUAUAUUGAACAAUGGGGCACGAUUGUAAAUAAAUGGCAGCUAGCCACGUACCCCAUGGCGGCUGGCCCAGGUACCGCCGGCUGGACGAUCGAUCCGUAUGGUGGACGGUUGGUCGAAAUUCGAAUAGAUUCAGAAUCA